CAUGGCUCCCCAAGACCUGUUGAAGGAGAUGGGGAAAUCUAAUUUGCACGUGGGGGUGGGAUGUGACUUAGAGGGUUACUAAGACAGCCGUGGUCUGUGUGCGGGAAAGGCACCGUGCGCACCCGGAAACACAGUGCAGAUACCUGGCAGCAAUGAUAUUUUUCAAACGACAUUUUGAUUGAGAUUUAAAAAGCAAUGGAUGUAAAACUCUGAGAUCAAAUCACCACAAGCAAACUUUUCAAGGGAACGGUCCAGAACCCAAUUCAUGCUCUCAGGAGGGAAAGUGGUGGAGCAGUUUCUCUGGAGAACACUCGUUGGGUACGGGGAUGGUUGGAAGUCCUGUCCUCUACCCCCAAGCCCAGUGAGGGAUCUUCAAAGGGACCCUUCUUCAGAGAGCUUGCUGUAUCUCCUGCAGAUGGGCCAAUGGUGGCCUGAGGCGAGUGGAUUGGCUGCUUUGAUGGCAGAGCCAGGGGAGGUGGCUGCAUUGGGUCUGCCUGUCUCCCAGAGUUUGCAGGGACCAAGAAUGGGUCUGCCUCCUGAGCCAGCAGAAUGACAGAGUCAGCAAGGAAUUGUCAGAGCCUGCCUAAGAGAGUCAACAGCAUGGAGAGGGGAAUGAUUCCCACAGUGAGUACAUGUGAAAGGAAUGGUGGAAGAAAAAAAACAAAUGAAGUUGCAUUUGAUUACUUUUCGAGCUGUGCUUGUUCAAAACAAUUUGAGAAAAGACCAUGGGCGUAGGUGGAAGCUGUCCAGCUCGGGGACUCUCAGAUGCCUUCACUCUCUGCAUGGGCUGCAUGGCCUCCAGCCCUCUGCACACGACUGGCCCUCCGCGCAGCGCCGUGGAGCUACGGGCCUCAAAUCCAAGUAAAUGAAGAAACUCUGGGGACAGCAUGUGACCCCUCCUGGUGACACUUGAGCAGUAAGAAGUGCAAGACAGCCUAGGCAGGUCUAUAUUUGGGCUUUCACACAUGGCAGGCCUGUUGCUAUUUGCAGCGGGAGCCGGCUCAUGUUACCAUCACCUUCCGCGCCCCAGGGGCAGAGCCCCUGCUGUAAGCCAGGCAGGGGCAGCCUUUGGGCCUCGCACAGGUAGCCCGGAAGGAAAUCCUCUGUUUCCUAGCCCUUCUCCAGAGGCCUCGGAGGUAAAAGAAGAACCUGUGGACCCUUAAAUCAGCAGGCCCCGGGACGCCCACUAGGAGCCGCGGGGCAGGAGCCUCGCAGGUGCAGAGGCGCCAUGGAGGGGGAGGCUGCGGGGGCUUCCCCGGACUUCCACUUCUACCCCAUGGAUCUGUAUGACUCCGAAGACCGGCUGCACCUCUUCCCAGAAGAACCCACGCGGACGGGAAGAGAAGUCCACGCCGAAAUGGCCGGCGAGCCCGGGGGGGCAGCACCAGGUAAGGCCCAGAGAGACCUGGAGGAGGAUGUGGAUGAGCUUGUCCAUUCGUCCGCACUCGGAGGUGCUGGCGAGUGGGGCGCCGAGCUCGCCGACGGAAGCGCGUCCCACAUGGAGGUUUUGGACCAUCGGCUGCACGGGGUGCAGAGGGACUGGCGACUGGGGGCGGAGGCCGAGGCCGGGGACCGUGUCUUUGCGGGCUGGGGCGCCGCGGGCUCCAGCCGGGACCUGCGAGAAGCCUACAGGUACGCACACGGCCGAGCCAGCGAGGAGUACGAGUGCUACGUCAUCCCCGAGGAGGACGAAGACGAAGCCGCCCUGGUCUUCUGCGUCACCUGCAGAGCUCCGGUAAGGGCGGUGGAGGUUUCGGACGAACACAGACAGCAUGAGGUGACCCCGCUCAGCAAGGCGCUGGAGAGCGCCAAGGAUGAAAUUCACAAAAACAUGUUCAAAUUGGAAAAGCAGAUUAUCCAGAUGGAGAAUUUUGCAAAUCACUUGGAGGAGGUUUUCAUCACGGUGGAGGAGAACUUCGGAAGACAAGAACAAAACUUUGAGUCACAUUACAACGAGAUCUUGGAAACCCUCGCUCAAAAGUAUGAAGAAAAAAUACAAGCUCUAGGGGAGAAAAAGAGAGCGAAGUUGGAAGCCUUGUACGGACAGCUGGUCAGCUGUGGGGAAAACCUCGACACCUGUAAGGAACUCAUGGAAACCAUAGAGGAGAUGUGCCAUGAGGAGAAGGUUGACUUCAUCAAGGAUGCUGUGGCCAUGGCUGACAGACUUGGAAGAUUCCUGAAUACAGAAACAGACGUGGAGAUCUCUACACAGCCUGACUUUGAAGACCAGACUCUGGACUUCUCUGACGUGGAGGAGCUCAUGGGCUCCAUUAACACCAUCCCAGCUCCUUCUGCUCCAGUGAUAAACCCACAGGCCCCCAACUCUGCCACGGGGUCCUCCGUCCGAGUGUGCUGGAGCCUAUAUUCUGAUGACACCGUGGAGAGCUAUCAGCUGUCCUACCGGCCAGUGCAGGACAGCUCGCCUGGGAAGGACCAAGCAGAGUUUACAAUGACUGUCAAAGAAACCUACUGCUCAGUGACAAAUCUUGUGCCAAAUACCCAGUAUGAAUUUUGGGUCACAGCUCAGAACAGGGCGGGCACCAGCCCCGCCAGUGAGCGUGCGGUGUACAUGACAGCGCCUUCCCCUCCCAUCAUAAAAAGCAAAGAGAUACGGAGCUGCGAAGAGGCUGCGCUCAUCUGCUGGGAGUCUGGAAACCUGAAUCCCGUGGACUCGUACACGGUGGAGCUGACCCAGGCGGAAACACCUGAAGCAUCGGGCGUAACCGAGUCGGUUGUGGGCAUCCCAUCCUGUGAGUGCCUGGUGCAGCUGCAGCCCAGGCAGACCUACACAAUCUACGUACGAGCCCUCAACGUGGGGGGCCCCAGUGCAAGGAGCGAGCCCGUGACAGUGCACACCACAGGCAGCUGCUUUCCCCUGAACCAGCACACCUGCCCUCCCUGGCUGACCAUUUCUGAAGACGGGUUUACGGUCAUGCGAAGCGAAAGGAAAACCCCCGCGAAGGAGCCGCUUCCUGGCAACACCCAGUUUACCAGGUGUGUUGCCGUCAUGGGGAACCUAAUUCCAAUCCGAGGGCGCCACUACUGGGAGGUGGAGGUGGACGAGCGUGCCGACUAUAUGGUGGGUGUGGCCUUUGAAGAUGUCCCUAAACAGGAGGACCUGGGAGCAAACUGCCUAUCUUGGUGCAUGAGGCACAGAUUUGCAUCAUCGAGGCAUAAGUAUGAGUUCCUGCACAACGAGACGACUCCAGAUAUAAGAAUAACAGUGUCCCCAAGGAAGAUUGGUGUUCUAUUAGACUAUGAAAAUUCAAAAUUGUCAUUUUUCAACGUGGACAUUUCUCAGCACCUUUACACGUUCAGCUGUCAGCUCCACGGAUUUGUGCAUCCCUGUUUUUCUUUGGAAAAGCCUGGCUGUCUGAAGAUACGGAAUGGCAUUGCAAUGCCAAAGCACGUCUCUUUCUAUUAGACCAUUCCGAUGCCCGGCUUCCUCUC